AUUUAAAGCCGUGCCUACAUCCUGUUGAUCGGGUACUUUAAAAAACCUCAGCUCAGAGGCGCUGACUCGCAGGGCGGCGGCGGCGGCAUCAGUAGCGGCAGCAGGAGCUCACCCCUUCGGCCCUCAGGAGCACCUCGUGCAGGCCCUCGGCGGUCUCCGCUCGUAGCCUCUUGCCAUGGACUCGGUGACCGUCUACCACGGGAAGAUCAGCCGCGAGACCGGGGAGAGGCUGCUGCUUGCCACGGGCCUGGACGGCAGCUACUUGCUGCGGGACAGCGAGACCGUACCUGGAGUCUACUGCCUCUGCGUACUGUAUCAAGGUUACAUUUACACCUACCGAGUGUCCCAGUCAGAAACGGGUUCUUGGAGUGCUGAGACGGCACCUGGGGUACAAAAACGAUUAUUCCGGAAAAUAAAAAAUCUCAUUUCAGCAUUUCAAAAGCCGGAUCAAGGCAUUGUAAUACCUUUACAGUAUCCAGUAGAAAAGCAGCCUUCACCUCGAAAUACACAAGGUAUUGGAGAAGAGAAUGCCCUGAUGUCUACAUGAAAGCACCAUGAAAACACAUUUAUUUUAGAUCAUUUAACUAGGCCUUUAGGUGUUUUCUCUUGUAUAUAACCCCAUAAUCUUUUAUAUUGUAGAUAAAAAUAAGUGAGGAACAAAUUUGUUUCUAAAAAUCACCUUUUUGUAAUGGAAGCUUCUAGCCUGAUAAAAUGUCCAUGGUCUUUUCAUGUAAUAUGGAAUUUUAAAAUGAGAAUUGGGAACAAAAUUCUAUUGCAUUAACAUUUUGUGUAUCUUUUUUUUUUAGUUAUAUAUACAAAUAGGAAAUGUGUGGCUUUAAAACCAAGAAUGAUUGAGUACCUAGUAUAUAGAUAGAAAAAUAUUUUAAUGUCAGUAAGGCAUUCUUUUUUGCUAACAAUAAAAACUGUUAGUCAAAACAUCCUUUUUAAUAAA